UGAAAAACAGUGUCCGAUGCAACGAGCUGGAGCUUUCGCUCAAGCUUCCCUACCAAGGCUAAAUAUAUCGAUUUGACUUAAGAGCAGAAGUGCAACGUUAGUGGUGGAGUGUUUGGGGAGGGGUGUCAACGUAACCUUUGGAAUAAUCUAGCUAGCUAGCUGAACCAGUCGACAGGCGCUGCUUCACAAUCGGGCAGCUAAACAACAAAUCGCCAUUAUAUGAUCCAGUUCCCAUCGUCACCAUUACCCUCCAUGUGGGUGAGGGACCUGUGUGUAUCGGAUUAUGGCGAGGAAAACAGUUAGCAGGAAAAGAAAGGCAGGAGAGCCCAAGGAACAACAGCAAGUGGAUUGGUGCCAGCCUGUGUAUAAGCGUGCCCGUGUCUCGACCUCAGCGCGGUAUGCCCAGCAGUGGUGGCACUGCCGCCAUUCAGUGGUCUGUGCCCUCCGGGGCCGAGAGUUUCGACCCCAGCAGCAGCAUGAGUUGCAGCUUCAGCGUAGCCUACGAGGCUUUGCUGCCGGUCGUCUCCCAGGAAUCCUUAAGGAAAGAGAGUUCUCUCUGGGACGCCUCAAUAAAGUGUUUGCCUCCCAGUGGCUCAACCACCGUCAGGUGGUUUGUGGAACCAAAUGCAAUACACUGUUUGUGGUUGAUGUCCUUACGGGGCAGAUAACACGGAUCCCCAUGCUGAAAGACAGAGAGGGACAUGGUCGAGUCAGCCCAUACCCUCCUGGCACAGGUUCAGGAGCUGGUUUGGAUGCCCAGCUGGGCUGUGGUAUUCAUGCCAUUGAACUCAACCCUUCUGGUACCUUACUGGCUACUGGUGGAGACAACCCCAAUAGUCUGGCUGUCUACAGACUUCCAACGCUAGACCCAGUCUGUGUUGGCGAUGAUGGGCAUAAUGAUUGGAUAUUCUCAAUUGCCUGGAUCAGUGACAGCAUGGCCGUUUCAGGGUCACGGGAUGGUUCCAUGGGCCUGUGGGAAAUUUCGGAAGACGUACUGAAUCAGGCAGAAAGGCGACAGGAUGAGGAAGGAGUUCCCUGCUAUUCCCAUAUCUCCCAUCGGGCCCUCAAGGACAUCCCUAAAGGGUACACCCACCCGUACAACUGCAAAGUGCGCGCCCUGGCCUUUAACAACAGCCACAAGGAGUUGGGUGCUGUGUCCCUCGAUGGAUAUUUUCAUCUCUGGAAGGCUGAGGACAACCUAUGUAAGGAGCUGUCUACCAAACUUCCACAUUGUAAAGAGAAUGUGUGCCUGGCCUAUGGACUGGACUGGUCUGUGUAUGCAGUGGGCUCCCAGGCUCAUGUGUCCUUCCUGGACCCCCGACAGUCGUCUCAGAACAUUAAAUCUGUCAGCUCACGAGAGCGCGGCAGUGGAAUCCGUUCUGUGAGUUUCUACGAGCACAUUGUGACAGUUGGCACCGGUCAGGGGUCUCUGCUCUUCUAUGACAUUCGAGCCCAGCGUUUCUUGGAGGAUCCAUCCAGUCUGGCCGGCGGGUACCGGCAGCGCCCAGGAGAGGGCAUCCUUAAGCUCACCACAGGGAAAGGCUGGCUGAACCACGAUGAGACAUGGAGAAGCUACUUCUCAGACAUCAGCUCCUUCCCCAAUGCUGUGUACACACACUGUUACGAUGAGUCUGGCACCAAGCUCUUUGUGGCUGGUGGGCCUCUCUGCUCUGGCCUGCACGGAAAUUACGCAGGCCUGUGGAGUUAGCCUCCAUCCUUCCUCCAGCACUCACACAAACAUACACCGUAGUGCUCCCUCCUCUUUUUUCACCUCCUCCGUGACGCACAUUUGCUCUUUCACUCAUCUCCCCAUUUUAGUCACCCUGCCCGUUUUCACUGGGCUCCUGAGCAUGGACACGAUACUUCAUUUUUUUACUUUUAAACUUUGACACUGUCCAUUUAAUCCUGUUCUAUACAUUUGCUUUUUUUUCUAUUACAUCUCAGCUGUCCAAACGUCUUUUUCAACGUUUGCCCCAAAGCAGGUCUCUCACUGUCUGCUGAGAGUGAGUGAAGGAUGGGAGUGGAAUUUCUCCCUCAUUGUCUGACUGCACAUCCCUCUGGCGACUACAUUUGAAAACAAAGAUGUAUAUUAAACUAUUUAACAGCCACACACCAGGAAUUGGAUUUUUGAUUAUGUUUUACUCAUUACUUUUUCAUCCUGACCUGGAGAAAAGUGUGUCGUGAGCCUUGAAUUCUUGAUAACUGGGUGUAGCUUGUUUUGUUGUGGACUAUUCCAAGACUCUGCAGUUUUAAUCUCUCUCUCAGCUCAAGAUGGACUGAAAUGUAAAGAGAGAGAUGAGAGAAAGAUGACGAGCACUGUGUUGUUGAGUGUGGAAUAUGACUUUGGUAAGAGAUGCAGAGUAUCUGGCUCCUUGGCCUUACUCCACAAUAUCGUGCCAUUAUGACUACAGAUUAGGAGAGGGGCCGGAAAGAACUGCAUUCAGAAGAGAACGAGCAUGGAACAGACAAAUCAAGAAAGGAUACAGUGCCAGGAAACAGUCAACAAUGACAUUCUUUUGUCUUUCUCCCUGAAAUGAUAGAAUGUCUGUAUUAGAUACUCAAUGCCUGAGUAUACUUCUUUCUGUUU